AUGAUCUUCAUCAUCACCAUCCUCCUCCUGGCCGCCGACUUUUACUACCUCAAGAACAUCGCCGGCCGCCGCCUCGUGGGCCUGCGCUGGUGGAACGAGGUCGACCCCCAGUCGGGCGACUCCAAGUGGGUGUUUGAGAGCUCCGAGCCCGGCACCAAGACGAUCAACCCCACCGACAGUCGCUUCUUCUGGCUGGCGCUGUACGUGCAGCCCGUGCUGUGGGUGCUGCUGGCCGUCUUUGCGCUCGUGCGGCUGCAGUUCCUGUGGCUGCCUCUUGUUGUCAUCGCCCUCGUCCUGACAAUCAUGAACACCCUCGCCUUCUCCCGCUGCGACAAGUUCAGCCACGCGUCCAACAUGGCCGGCAGCGCGCUGUACGGCGGCGGCCUGGCGAGUAGUCUGGCCAGCAACAUGGUCGGGCGGUACUUUAGCCGCGGGUGA